AUGUCUCUAUGUCUUUGCCCUUGCGAUCCUCGCUGGUACGGCGUCGGCGACCCAAUCCACAAUCCGAUGCUUGCUGCAUCAUACGACUACCAUGGUGCACAACCAGCCUUCGUCCGCGCAGUGCCAUUUUUCAUCGAGGAUGAGCAGCUCCGUGCUGAAAUGGUCUCAGCUCUGUACGAUGUUGUCGAUCUCGUCACGCAAAAUGCCGCGGACCAAAGUGACACGUAUUAUACGGCCCUCAACUCACUGAACGGCUACGUUAGUGCUUUGUGGUACCAGAGCACGCUCCCAGUACCUCUCGAAGUCGCUGCAGGGCUGUCAUGGCAAGAUCGGUAUGCAGCCACUCUUGCCAUCUGCAUAGACCUCUUGAUCCGUAGCCAGCUACUAUUCGACGCCCAACCACAUUCUGGAGUCUGGAGGACGAUCCAGGACCUUGAUCGCCAAGCCGACAGUCUACUCGUCACUGGUGACUUCGCGCAACCUCUGUCUACUGUCACAGCCCCGGAGAUCACUUCCAAUGCUCCUCCGCACGAAGUCGUGACUUCUUCAAGCACGCAGCCGCAGCGUCCUGGUCUUUCAAUCCUGCAACCUGCAGAAUCUGGUGUACAGAGUGAGCCUUCAGGCAUGAAAACGAUGACGGAAGUACCGACAAUCAGCACUACCCUAACCAUCGGCUCUGGUACUGACUGGAUCGAUCACUUCGACGCUCGCCACUUGCAGAUCAACGGAGUCGAAACGAUCAAGCUCCUGCACCCAAUUCAACAAGCUAGCAUAGCCAAGCAUCAGGCUGUUCUCCUGCAGCAGCUUGCGCGCAAGGUGUCCAUUGGUGUCAUGAGCAAGAAAUACGGACCGUCCACGUCGGUGCAACAUAGAGCAGCUAAGCAGACUGUUGACACGGUGAUUGGCGAGCUGCGGAGGCGAGACGCCGAAGUACCGCACGAAGCUGGUCAAUUACAGAAGCUGCGCACCUCUGGUCCUGGCUUAGUACCUAUACGUGCAUCUACAUACGGAUUUCAGCCUGCCCGUCAGUCAUCGUUCGCUGGUGAGGGCCCGUCGAGCUUCCGGACACAGUCUAAAUAUGGAUCCGGAACUCACCGCCAGUCAUCGUUUACUGGGAACAGGAUUUCCAGUCUUAGACGGCGCGGUGGCUCCUUACAGCCCACCGAAACUGGCAUGACACCGAGCUAUCCAGCUCACAUUGGUCCACGUGUCUCCAGCUUCCGGCAAGGAAGCCAGAUCGACAGAGUACCUCGCACCAUUUCGACCCAAGGCAGGGGGGCUGGUGGAACGACUCCAUUGUUAGGUGGUGCCUGUGGAUAUGGUCAGCACGCUGGCUCGCAAGCCGGUCUGUCGAGAAGUACACUGCGGGCGCCCUCGACUAAUCGUAGAUCAAGCACCACAGGACAGGUCACCUCUGACUACACCAAGGAGGUCUGCCAGCUCGGGACGGGCCAGCUAUAUUCGGAAUGGAUGUACUCUGGCUCCGGGCUAGAGGUUAAGAUCAACCAUCCUGUGUCCCUGAGCGAUCUGCCUGGCACCCUCGAGGAGAAGCUGGUGCCCGGAAUGAAGAGGGCACUAGUCGAUCGUAACGCCAAGAUCACUAAGACGGAACUCGAAGACCUCGAAGUAGCCAAAAAGUUCUACGCUCGCGGCGAGACGAUCAAGGUUUUUACGACCUGGCUUGAGGGGAUUGACGUAGCCAAGUCCAAAGUUGCCACGCAGGCUAUGGCCGAUUUCGUGACGACUGCGGACCGCGACAAUGUGGCAGAACGUUUUCUCAACCAGAUAUCCGGGGCCGGGCUAUCCGCUACCGAAUCUGCGACCAUUGCGGACCGCAUUUGUGGAGGCGAGAUAGACGAGCUUGUGGCCGAGCAGGUGCACAAGGAUAAACGUUCUUCUUUCCAUGCGCAAGGCCUGGAACCCAGGGGCAAGGGCCGAGCUGUCUCCUUCAUGGCCGAUGGCGCGAGCUCCACAUCUCUCGAGGAUGGACUGUUUAGAGAUGCCGGCAUCUUUGGAGAUCUUGAUACAACAGAUGACCGCGAUGCUGUCACUGCCGUGACAGAACGUCUUGGUGAUGACUACAUUGCAGCCUUCCCAAAUGCCAGUCGUGUAGACACUCUCGAGGCAGCGCAAAAGGCUCUUGCUGAGCAGCUGAGUGCGGCAUGUGCCGAUGUGCCACCUCAGUCAGUGCCCGAAGACGACUUUGUCGAUGCUCCUGCUCACCUCGACAUCAAAAAUUCAUCUGCCAGCCAGCCGACCAUGCACGAGGAUCUGGCUCAGCGUGCCGCUGCCUCCACAGACGAUGUCUCGGACAAAGCAGAGGCCGCGAGCGAUGUCGGCGGCCUCAAGGAGUCCGAUGGUGGUGCCACUGCUGGUGGCGCCAAGGCAGAAUAG